UGCCUGAAGAAAUUCGCAGAAUCUGGCACUCUGACGAAACACAUCCGAACCCACACAGGAGAGAACCCAUUCGAGUGCAGCGUGUGCCUGAAGAAAUUUGCAGAAUCUGGCGAUCUCACGAAACACCUCCGAACCCACACAGGAGAGAACCCAUUCGAGUGCAGCGUGUGCCUGAAGAAAUUUGCAGUAUCUGGCAAUCUGACGAAACACCUCCGAACCCACACAGGAGAGAAGCCGUUCGAGUGCAGCGUGUGUCUGAAGAAAUUCGCAGAAUCUGGCCAACUGAAGAAACAUCUCCGAACCCACACAGGAGAGAAGCCGUUCGAGUGCAGCGUGUGUCUGAAGAAUUUCUCAGUAUCUGACCAACUGAAGAAACACCUCCGAACCCACACAGGAGAGAAGCCAUACGAGUGCAGCGUGUGUCUGAAGAAAUUCUCAGCAUCUGGCCAUCUGACGAUACACCUCCGAACCCACACAGGAGAGAAGCCUGAAGAAAUUUGCAGAAUCUG